GUUCGUUGAUGUGUUCUGGUGGAGAAGGUAAGGUUGAAGUGAGAAGGAGGGUAGGAGGAGACAGGAAAGAGAAAAGAGGGAGGUGGAAGAGAAGACAAGACGGUGUGCAGAAGAGGUACUGUAAAAGCAUAACUCAGAAUGCCGGGAAAUGUACGAAAAUUAAGAGAUGAAGACACUAAUCCUUGUCUUGAGGAAACAGAUGCCUCCAGGAAGUGUCUAGAAGCAAACAGUUAUAACAAAGAUAUGUGCACCGACUAUUUUCUGAGGUAUAAAACGUGUAGGAAGUUCUGGAACAACAUAAUGAUUCAAAGACGAAGAAAUGGUAUUAGCCCUGACAUGCCAACUGCAAAGGAUAGAAAAGAAAUUCUGGAAGAAUGCAUAAAAAAGCCCUAUUGAUGUUUUUGAUUCUGAGAAAACAAUCAAUGUGAACAAAUCCACUUGAAUAAUUUCAAUGUGCAAUUUUAAUCUAAAAGUUUUUAUUAAUGAAUGCAAGUGUAACACUUGACUUUUGCAAUGAAAGAGCUCAAGGAUAUCUUAAUGUCUAUCUACAAUUUUCAGAUAAUGAAUACCUAAAAGCAGUCUUAAAUUGUGAUGGGGAAUAAAAGGAAUUAUUGGAACAAAGUUUUUUUAAUAAAUAGGUACAUUUAUAGGAGGAUUACUGUCUUUAAUUUGUUAUAUUGACCUUUUGUAGAGUACCAGGGAGGAUGGCUGAAACUAGGAAUUCUAUUUUAGAUUGAGAUAUAUUGUGUGUUAACCUGCCACUAUUAAUUCACAUGUUAAUAAAUGCCCCAUCACCAACUUAUAAAAUUAGACAGUGUUAAUGGGAAACAACACUGCUUGGAGGAGCAGUGAACAUCUACAGAGGUAGAAUGAAACAAAUAUCAGAUGCUGCACUACAACAUUCUAUCUCGCUUCACUAAAAACCUCCUUCAGUAUAAUAUUUAGGCCCAGGCCUAUCAACGUAUAGAAUGUGCAGGGAAGGUCCUGAGGUUAACUUGUCCAUACUUCAUUCAUUUGCAGAUGGCUUAGUGUUCACUUUAGUAAUUGUUAUCACCCAUGUUUGGAUCAUAUACUUAUCGCUUCUGGAUUUCACAGUGAGCAACAAAGUGAGGAUACUUGUCACUGACCUUGAAGAAAGUUGCCCAUUAAAGAGCUAGCACCCUGUAUAAGUUUUA